AUGGGCAUAUCCGCUCGAGCAGACGAGGAUGCUGCAGCACGAACACCACAGAAGCUCAUCGCGUAUGCCAACUCCAAUGAUCGCUACCGUCUCUUCAAUGAUGUGUCUGUACCCUUCCCAGAUCUAGAGGAUAACAUACAUCCAGUCUUUCGACGAUCAAACUUUCGCAAUGUGGGAUUCUCUCUCUACCAGAAAAUCCGGCCCAGCCUUCGAUUGGCGUCGUUGUUUCUUGAAUCCGAAGCAAUGCUUGGAUGGUUUAUCCGUCCAGCCUUCGGAACGCCGAUUCCAGCGUCACAAUCGCGAAAGGUUUUCUUGACAGAACCCAAGCGUUCCCGACAGCGAACGGCAGAAAUGAUUCGCGAAAUCCGCUCCUUACUAAUAGGUUUGUCGUACAGUGUCGAAUUUCACUUUGUCGAGGAGUUGAAAUGCUUUGCUCUCACGUGUAAAGACACCAGCAAGGAGACAUCGUACCUUGCUAAAUUCUGGAGUCCAGUCUUCACGUCGGCCCACCCUACAACCAUAAAACUCCGCGACACCAAUAGGGAGUUUAUUGAAUACGACUAUUCUUCCAGCAGCCUUUGCGACAGAUUACGCUUUGACUUCAUGUUCGCGACUACGAUCCUUCACGAGUUGACGCAUGCAUUCGGUAUUAUGAUUCGAGGUAACUUGAGAGAACCGUACUACGACUUGACUGAUCCCCAAGCAGAGUUCGGAUGGUCAUGGGAACGCUUCGCUUUAACAGGUAUCAUCAACCCUUUCGAUCGGACAUCAGCUCGAGUAUCCUUCUUGAUGUGGAAGGUAUGGCUCGACGACGACGAAGCGUACGCUAACGGGGGAAAGGAGUGGACUGCAGUGCCAGUUCAAUGGGUCAGUCAAUGGUUCCAAAAGUCCACUUGGGAUGCGAUCGCAGAGUACGGACCUGAAGCAGUCGCGCCGCCUUCUUGCGACCUGAAACUACACUGCACACGCGAUGGACUCUAUACAGUGCUUUCAGACAACGAGGAGGUCCUGAGGGACGUUCUCGAGCUGAAGUCGGAAGCAUUGGCCGCUCAUCGGUCGACAUUGCCUGGAACGAAACCGUCUUCUCUGAUGAGCGUGAGAACCAUCAAAACAAACAACAAAACUCAUCCGACCUUUGCGCAGGAGACAAUCGCAAGGAGAUUGGUGAGUGUCUCAUCUCGAGCCUCUCGCGCUCUUGAUCAAGCUGGUCUAACUUUGGGCGCCAUGCCUCCACUCCUGCAUGGGACUGCACUCAAACGUCGACGAGAAGGGAGUGCCGGCGACGCCGAUAGUGACGAUGGGGUAAACUCACCUCAUUCGCGAUGGAAAAGACCCAGAGUCUGAUUAUGGCAUCAGGUGCAUGAAACCACCGUGUCACA